GUCGCCUGAACCAGAGAGUUGCACUACGAGCGUGGUACCGGAAACAAGACGGCAGAGAACGUUGAGGUCCAAAGUAUCAUGGCUUCGUCACCGUGUCACAGUGCAGCCCUGCUCGAGAGUCAAAGCCAGUCAAUUACUACAGCGCGCGCGUUGCGCUGCCAUGGACCAGGUCUCAGCGCUGAGAGUCGAUGCGGCUACACUCGCCUCCAUCAAUGUCACCGUCGCUCCCACAUCAAGACGGGCCGCGGCUGCUGCAGCUUCUCUUACGAUUGCCAACAUGGUCGCCUCAGAGAAUGGCACAGCUGCGUUGCCGGAUCAGCUCGCAAAGACUGCAUAGUUUCGAAAUGUGACGGACAAAAGGAUUGGCAAUUCGGACGAGCUGGGCAUGCACUCACUUUCCCCCGAAUCCCUCCGCGCGUGAUAGAUCCUGCUAUGUAUCUCUAUGUGCGGAGUUGGCGAAAAGCCUGACGCGCUGACACUCCAGAGCAUAUCAAGGACGGUUGAGCCAAUGCAUAGUUGCCAUGUCACACGAGCUGAUCAGCACGAGGUGUACACAGAGACCGGGCUCGCGCAGAUGCGGUCGUGUGGGGGCGAUAGUUGAGCGCUGAGC